GACAACCAUCCAGACAUAGACAAUGAUUAUUACAUAGACAACACUGUUACCCUCGAUAACCCUGUUGCCUACGACAACGAUGUUGCCUACGACAACGAUGUUGCCUACGACAACGAAGUUGCCUACGACAACGAUAUUGCCUACGACAAACAUGUUGCCUACGACAACCAUGUUGCCUACGACAACCAUGUUGCCUACGACAACCAUGUUGACUACGACAACCAUGUUGCCUACGACAAGGGGAGUCAGAAGGAAUAA